GAAACUGAAUACAAUUCUGGUGGUAAGCUUCAACUAGAAUCCUCAUGAGCUGGUUCAAUGGACGUUCAGAGGGGUAAGAGAGCGAUCAUGCUGCGGCAUUUCUGCUCGGCAGUCAACGCCUGCAGAGUGGGUUUGCUUCUGAAUCUGAUGCAGUGGCGAACUGGGGAUUGCCUCGCAUCUCUCCAGAAGCGCUGACUCCCAACAAGUUUACGUAAACAUGCCCGUUGUUUUUGUGCUGUCAUUAAUUAUAUUAUCAUUGUCAGCGAGGGGCACAUGCACAUCAAAUUAGCAGCCGGUGACAAAGACUACAUCAAAGUCAAAUGCAGCAGCCUUAUUAGCAGCCUAUGAAGAUGCGCGAACCAUUCUCCAGGCACCAACGGCAACUAGGAAGAGACAUGGAGGAGGAGGUCCAUGGCAUCGUCAUCGUCGGUGGUGGAAUCUGCGGCCUCGCCACUGCUCUUGCUCUUCACCGGAAAGGGAUUCCCAGCCUCGUGUUAGAGAAGUCCGAGACUUUACGAACGGCUGGCGGGUCCAUUGGUGUCCAUGCCAAUGGAUGGUGUGUCCUAGAGCAACUUGGGAUUGCUCCAGAGCUCCGGGAGACAGCCGACGUAGUUACCGAGUUUCACGAUGUGUGGCAGCAAGAGCAAGGAAACAAGAGCGUCGUGGUACCCGUCAGGGGGGAGCUCCGAUGGUUGAAAAGGAAGGACCUGAUCGAGACAAUGGCCAAGAACAUACCUUCAGGAGCAAUCCGCUUCGGCUGCCACAUUACAAAGAUACAUCCAGCAAAUCCUGAGAACCAUGGUGCGGUUCUUACCACACUGGACGGCAGUGUCAUCAGGGCCAAGGCCCUGAUCGGAUGCGACGGCUCAAACUCAGUGGUAGCCAAGUACCUGGGCCUGACCCCGCCGAGAUCCUUCCCUCGCAUGCUUCUUCGCGGGUUCACAAGAUACCCGCACGGGCAUCCAUUCGGGCCCCAUUUCCUGCGCCUGAGAUGCAACGGCCUCUUCGUCGGGCGGUCGCCCAUGACCGACCAGCUCGUGAGCUUCUUCGUGGCCGUGUGGCACCCCGGCGCGGACGCCACCAAGGACCCGCGCGCCGUGAGGGCGUUCGUGCUCGAGCGGCUCAGGGAGCAGUGCUCCGACGAGGUCGUCGAGAUGUUCCGGGACCUGGACCCGGAGUCGCUGAUCGUCCUCACCAGGAUCUGGUACCGGCCGCCGUGGCAGGUCCUGCUCAGCGGCUUCCGGCGGGGCACGGCGACGGUCGCCGGCGACGCGAUGCACGUCAUGGGGUCGUACAUCGGCCAGGGGGGCUCGGCGGCGCUGGAGGACGCCGUCGUGCUCGCCCGCUGCCUAUCGCGGGCCGCCGCCACCGGCGGCGGCGGGCGCCGCGAGCUGCGCGAGGAGAGGAUCGGCGCAGCGAUGGCGGCGUACGUCAGGGAGAGGAGGCUCAGGGUGGCGAGGCUGUCGCUCGAGUCCUUCACCAUGGGGAUGCUGUGGGCGACCAAGUCGCUGCUCACAAGGCUCGCCUGCCUCGCCAUCGUGGCUCUGUUGGGCACCAACACGCUGGGGCACACCCACUACGACUGCGGUCGCCUCUAGCGGCUGCAUGCGUAUCUCGUUCUAGGAUGUAUUCUGUGGGCUCUUCCUCAUUGAGCUCUGCUAUUUUUAAGCAAACAAUAAAAAGUUGGAACUAUCCCAACAAGUUUGAUGUUCA